AUGAUGAGCGCAGUUGAAUUUGUGGACUAUUUUCCGUCCAUGAUCGCGAGGCUGGGAGAAGAAGGGUUUAUUGGGGAGCUCUGCAAUGGGUUUGUUUUGCUGAUGGAUGUGGAGAAGGGGCUCAUCACCUUUGAGAGCUUGAAGAGGAACUGCGUUGUGCUGGGCUUGCAUGACAUGGGAGAUGAUGAGCUUGUGUGGAUGUUGAUGGAGGGUGAUUUGGAUGGAGAUGGGGCCCUCAGUCAGAUGGAGUUUUGCAUCCUCAUGUUUAGGUUAAGUCCAGGUUUGAUGGAUGGAUCUAAGCAGCUGUGGAAGGAAAACUUUGAUCAUCCUCCUCAUCAUGUAAAUGAUCAUCAAGUACAUGUUGGAGGCUUCCAAUGA